UUUCUGAUAAGGAUCAAAUUUAUGGUGUGUGUCAUUGAAGGUCAAGGUGAGAGAAAGCAUGGAAGUUGGUCGACUGGAAGUUGUGGAGCCAGAGAACCCAGAGGAUGAAACCUGCAGGACAUUUGUGAUGUACAAUGAAGACCAUACUUUGGGAAAUUCACUCAGAUAUAUCAUAAUGAAGAACCCAGAAGUUCAGUUUUGUGGGUACAGCGUUCCCCAUCCAUCAGAAAGCAAGAUAAAUUUACGAAUACAGACAAAUGGGCCACCUGCUGUAGAUGUCUUACGAAGAGGACUCGUGGAGUUGACCGCAGUGUGUGAACAUGUCCUGACAACAUUUGAGACAACAGUGAACAACUUCAAGAGAGAACAAGGCAGUGCAGAGCCUAUGGACACAAGUUGACAUGCAGGCUAAGGAGGAAGACUGGACAGUAAAACUGCAGACUGUCAUAUAAGACAUUUUGCUAGUCUUUGAAGUUUUCUUUGAAAUAGUCUAAAUAUUUGAACAGAGGGUUCUCAGUAACAGUUCGGUACAGAGUUGCUAUCUGUGGAAGUUAGAGAAGCCAUUCCUUUGCAAAUAGUGCAUUGUGAGACAUCUGACUCCUUAAACCUGUGCACUAUGCAUCUGCUUGGAAUUUCAUCUCAUUUGUUACAGUGAUAAGACUGGCACAUAGAAUUGGAGACAUUGACUGCAGGCCACAGUCAAUUGUAAUACUACAUUUAUGACUGAAUAGUGAACAAGAUUCUUCCACAAUAACCUUAGUUUAAAAACUGAUAUUUUCUUAGACUUCUGUUGUAGCUUAGUAGUUGUAUAUUCAGGCAUAAAAAAUUUGACACUUUAAUAUGACAUUUCUCGUUUAAAAGACAGGUCAUGUGUUCUUUUGUAUACAAUAUUUUUUCUUGUUUUCUUCAAAUGAAUGUUUGGGAAUUUUGGUAAUUAUAGAUACUCAGUAUACAGUGAUGGGAAGUACAGCUGAAGGCAAUUAAAAAGGAGGUGCAGAGGUUUUUUUAAAUUUCAAACCUGCCUAUAUUAACAAGCAUCAGUACUUCAUGUAACAUGGAUGUUAAAUAUCUAAUAUGAUGGAAGGCCAAUAUGUUGUUUUGUAGGUUUUUCGUGCAUAAAAGUAGAAGUUGAGUGCUGGACACUUUUUUUACUGUUCAUCAAGACCAAAAAAAUUUAGAUCAUUUAUGAACUUCCCGUAUUUCAUGUAUACUUUGAGAAACCAAUAAAUGCAUCUGAAUGAUGUACAGUUG